AUGGCGGACACGAACGAUGUCGAUUUGGACUCUAUCAUAGACAGACUGUUGGAGGUGCGCGGAAGCAGACCAGGAAAGCAGGUGCAGCUGCUGGAGACGGAGAUCAGAUACCUUUGCACUAAGAGCCGCGAGAUCUUCAUCUCCCAGCCUAUCCUGCUCGAGCUCGAAGCUCCUAUCAAGUACUACGACCUCCUGCGCCUGUUCGAGUAUGGCGGCUUUCCGCCAGAGGCCAACUAUCUCUUCCUCGGCGACUAUGUAGACCGUGGUAAGCAGUCCCUGGAGACGAUCUGCUUGCUUUUGGCCUACAAGAUCAAGUAUCCGGAGAACUUCUUCGUUCUCCGCGGUAACCACGAGUGCGCAUCCAUCAACCGCAUUUACGGCUUCUACGAUGAGUGCAAGAGGAGGUACAACAUCAAGCUAUGGAAGACAUUCACGGAUUGCUUCAACUGCCUGCCUAUCGCGGCUAUUAUCGACGAGAAGAUCUUCACGAUGCACGGUGGGUUGAGCCCGGAUCUCAACUCGAUGGAGCAGAUCAGGCGCGUGAUGAGGCCGACAGAUAUCCCUGAUUGCGGUCUCCUCUGCGAUCUGCUGUGGUCCGAUCCGGACAAGGAUAUCACCGGGUGGAGCGAGAACGAUCGUGGUGUGUCGUUCACCUUCGGUCCGGAUGUCGUCUCUCGCUUCUUGCAAAAGCACGACAUGGACUUGAUUUGCCGUGCGCAUCAAGUCGUUGAGGACGGUUACGAGUUCUUCUCUAAGAGGCAGCUUGUGACACUCUUCUCCGCACCGAACUACUGCGGCGAGUUCGACAAUGCUGGUGCGAUGAUGUCGGUGGACGAGAGCUUGCUCUGCAGUUUCCAGAUUCUCAAGCCGGCUGAGAAGAAGCAGAAGUAA